UAUAGGCUUGCUCUUUGGGAUGCCAAAGGUGCUGAAAUAGCAGCGAGGGCAAGGGACUUGGCUCAUAUGUGCCUUGCUGCCUGAGAGACUCUGAGAUGACAUUUGGGAGAAUGGAGAAUGUGGAGGUCUUUACUUCUGAGGGCAAAGGCAGGGGUUUGAAGGCCACAAAGGAGUUCUGCGCUGCGGAUGUCAUCUUUGCCGAGCGGGCUUACGCCGCAGUGGUUUUUGACAGCCUCGUUAACUUUGUGUGCCACACCUGCUUCAAGAGACAGGAGAAGCUCCAUCGCUGUGGGCAGUGCAAGUAUGCCCAUUACUGUGACCGCACCUGUCAGAAGGGCGCUUGGCUGGACCACAAGGGAGAGUGUUCGGCCAUCAGGAGAUACGGGAAAGUGCCCAAUGAGAACAUCAGGCUGGCGGCACGCAUCAUGUGGCGGGUAGAGAGAGAGGGCACAGGGCUUACGGAGGGCUGCCUGGUCUCCGUGGACGACUUGCAGAACCAUGUGGACCACUUUGGGGAGGAGGAGCAGAGGGAGCUGCGGGUGGACGUGGACACGUUCCUGCAGUACUGGCCACCCCAGAGCCAGCAGUUCAGCAUGCAGUAUAUCUCUCACAUCCUUGGCGUGAUUAACUGCAAUGGCUUCACACUCAGUGAUCAGAGAGGCCUGCAGGCUGUGGGUGUGGGCAUCUUUCCCAACCUGGGAUUAGUGAACCAUGACUGUUGGCCCAACUGCACUGUCAUAUUUAACAAUGGCAAUCAUGAGGCAGUGAAAUCCAUGUUUCACACCCAGAUGAGAAUUGAGCUCCGGGCCCUGGGCAAGAUCUCAGAAGGAGAGGAGCUGACGGUGUCCUAUAUCGACUUCCUCAACGUCAGUGAGGAGCGCAGGAAGCAGCUAAAGAAGCAGUACUACUUUGUCUGCACGUGUGAGCACUGCCAGAAAGGCCUGAAAGAUGACCUCUUCCUGGGGGUGAAAGAUGACCCCAAGCCCUCCCAGGAUGUGGUGAAGGAGAUAGUACAAUUAUCCAAGGAUACAUUGGAAAAAAUUGACAAGGCUCGCUCUGAGGGUUUGUACCAUGAGGUGGUGAGACUGUGCCGGGAGUGCCUGCAGAAGCAGGAGCCAGUGUUUGCUGACACCAACCUCUACAUGCUGCAGAUGCAGAGCAUAAUUUCGGAGGUUCUCUCCUAUCUCCAGGCCUUUGAGGAGGCCUCGUACUAUGCCAGGAGGAUGGUGGAUGGCUACAUGAAGCUCUACCACCCCAACAACGCCCAGCUGGGCAUGGCUGUGAUGCGGGCCGGGCUGACCAACUGGCAUGCUGGCAACAUUGAGGUGGGGCAUGGGAUGAUCUGCAAAGCCUAUGCCAUCCUUCUGGUGACACACGGACCCUCCCACCCAAUCACCAAAGACUUAGAGGCCAUGCGGGUGCAGACAGAGAUGGAGCUGCGCAUGUUCCGCCAGAACGAGUUCAUGUACCACAAGAUGCGCGAGGCUGCCCUGAACAACCAGCCCAUGCAGGUCCUGGCCGAGCCCAGCAGUGAGCCAGCCCCGGCUCUGUUCCAUAAGAAGCAGUGAGGACCUGCCUGGUGGGGCAGCGGCAGCUUGGCUGGGACCAGGGGAGGCAUUGUGGAGGUGGUGUUUCCAAAAGGCCCUUGGUAAGGAAGGUGAGGAAAUGCUCAACUUUGUUACUGUGGGAAUGUACUGUUCUUUGCUCCCCAGUAUCAUUGUGGUGCAUUUCAACUCAGUUCAAUUCAAUUUUGCUCUAUGUAGCCCAGCUCAGCCCAGCUUAGCCCUGAUCAUUCUAUGAAUAUUUGUUGGGUGCAGGCUACCGUGCUGAACUCCAUUAAAAUGGCUCUUACCAAGGUCACCUCCCAUGGAUCCUUUCCCGUCUUUAUGUUAUAUGGCUUCUCUGCAUCCACUGACAUGCCCAGCCCUUGAUUUCUGGGACACCAGUUCCUUGUGAUGAUCCUCUGAUGUGGUUCCUCAGUCUUCUCCAGCCUUGUUUCACUACCUGCCACUGAUAUAUUGACAUUUCCUGGAGUUGUUCUUAUUCUUUCUGGCUCUCUCAUCCCCCUCUGCACACACUCCCUGCAUGAGCUCAGCCAGGUCCCCAUCUAAUCACCACCUUGAGGCUGAUAUUCUUACUCUGUAUUCUGCAACCUUGAUCUUGAGUUUCAGAUCUGCAAACCCUCUGGAACAUUCUGCAGGCACAUCAAACUGAGCACUCUCAAAAUGAAACUCUUUCCUUUCUCCCUCCCCAGCCUCUGCCCCCCUUCAGCACACUGCCAGAGAACACCUGACUUCUGCUUCAGUCACAUCUCGAAUCUCUACUGCAUCCUAGACUUCAGUCAAACCCACUCACUCACGGGUCCCUGUGUGGCCCACAUUCUUCUGGGCCCCUCUUUGCAUUUUGAAAUGUUUUAUCUAAAAUACCUGAAACCUGCCAACUCCUAUUCACCUUUCAACACCCAGUUUAGAAAUCACCCCUUCUGUGUAGCCUUCUCUGAAUGUGUGAGUUUCAGCUGCCUGUCUGUCUGAAUCUCCUGUUAUCCUUGAAUCCCACAUCAUACCACUGUCCUCAUGGCAUCAUAAUUGCCUUUUUAGCUGUCAGCCUCCUGAGUGAGACUGUAAGCUCCUGGAGGUAGGAGCUGUGUCGCUUCAUUCAUCUUUCUCUCCCCAGAACCUAGCACAGGUCCUGAAACACAGCAGGUGCUCAGUUAACAUGUAUUGAAAGAAUGAAUGAAUGAAUAAGUGAAUGAAUUUACUUAUCUCAGAGCAGAAGAGACACGAAAUUGUAUUCUGAGUUUUUGUGUUAUAGCAGUCAACAGAGACCAUAAAUCUUCCUUGUUUCCAAGCAAAUAUGUGUGGCUUCUUUCUU